CUAACUUUAGCCAUGUUCCCCGCCGUUUCAUUUGUUUGAUACUUCAUGUGACAGCUCGUCGUCCUGUGGGACAGUCAGGCGGACUAUUGUGUCACAUGCUGGCUCUUCUAGCAGCCGAACAGUGACACUUUCCAUUCAGAAACACGCCGACCAAGCGAGCGAGCAUCUCCUGGCUAGCUGGUUAGCUUUCAGGAGAAUAACGUCGCUGUGAGACGAAGCUUCUAUGACCUACGAUUGUCCGCCCCGAUCAGAGGAUGUAUCCGCCUUCCAGAAAGGACUUCAUCUCUCUGACACUAAGUGACCCUCACAGUAAUGCUUACAACAACGGCAAACACCGGAGACAGUCCUGCUGGAGGAAAUGGAAGCAGCUGUCUCGGCUCCAGCGAAGCCUCAUCCUCUUCCUGCUGGCUCUGCUGCUCAUAUUUGGACUGCUGUCCUAUCCCAGCAUCGCAGAACAGUGGAGAGGGAUAUCCGACAGGGAGGAGUGGCUGGAGCUGAAUGAUAGAGGGUUAAAUGCCGCGCCUCCAGGUGCGAAGCCAGAGUUGGGUCCAGACGCAGGUAAAACUCCAGCUCCUGUGGCAGGGCCACAUCUAGGGCCAGCUGUGGUCCCAGAUGUUGCCGUUCCAGACGCUUUGGGUCCAGAUGCUGUGGAGGAGCUUAAAGGACCAAACAUACCCAUUUUGGCAAAACCUCCCAUUAAGAAAAAGCCGUUCCCAAGCAAGAGAGGUCCACCGAGCCUGCAGAAAGGUGGAAAUGUUUCAGAUACAGCUGGUGGGGAAAGGCAAGAACAAGAGGUGGUUCACGAUGAAGAAGGAGAGGAAGAGGAUAAAGAAAAGAAGAUUGUUAGCUGGAGAGGAGCAAUGAUUGAAGCCGAUCAGGCCACAGAGCCUCCACCCUCAACCAAUGAGAAAGAAGCUGCGGCGCCUCCAGCACCGGCCAACCCUGCUGACACCGUCUCACAAACAGUUUCACCCGGACCUGUGGACAGAUUGGAGGUGGUACGUGACACCUUCAGGCAUGCGUGGAAAGGCUAUAAGGACUACGCCUGGGGUCACGAUGAGCUCAAGCCCAUCUCCAAGUCUUUCGGCGAGUGGUUCGGACUGGGUUUGACGCUCAUUGAUUCUCUGGACACCAUGUGGAUUAUGGGCUUGAAGGAAGAGUUUGCAGAGGCAAAGGACUGGGUUGAGAAAGAACUCACCUUCCAGAAAAACGUGGACGUGAAUCUGUUUGAGACAACCAUCCGUAUCCUCGGGGGCCUGCUGAGCACGUACCACCUAUCAGGAGACCAACUCUUCCUAGAUAAAGCUAAAGACCUCGGGUCUAGAUUGAUGCCCGCUUUCAAAACGCCCUCAAAGAUCCCGUUCUCAGACGUCAACAUCGGGAAGGGAACAGCCCACCCCCCUCGAUGGACGUCAGACAGCACGCUGGCUGAGGUCACAAGCAUUCAGCUGGAAUUCAGAGAGCUGAGCCACCUCACUCAGGAGCCGCUGUACCAGGAGGUUGUGAACGAGGUAAUGAAGCUGGUCCACAAGCUGCCAGGCAAACAUGACGGCCUGGUGCCCAUGUUCAUCAACACCAACAGCGGCCAGUUCAGCCACAAAGGAGUGUUCACACUCGGCGCCCGGGCAGACAGCUACUAUGAAUACCUGCUCAAACAGUGGAUCCAGGGAGGAAAGACGGAAGACGACUUGUUGGAGGACUACCUUCAGGCUAUUGAAGGAGUGAAAAAACACCUUGUGAGACAAACGGGGCCCGGCAGAUUGACCUUUGUUGGAGAGUUGUCACAUAACCGCUUCAAUGCUAAAAUGGACCACCUGGUGUGCUUCCUGCCAGGAACCUUGGCGCUGGGGGCCCACAACGGCCUCCCGGGGGACCAUAUGGAUCUGGCUGUGCAGCUGAUGGAGACCUGUCACCAGAUGUACAAACAGAUGGAGACUGGGUUGAGCCCGGAGAUUGCACAUUUCAGCCUGCAAGCCAGUGAUGGGCAUGAUAUUAUUGUCAAGCCUGCAGACAGACACAACCUGCUGAGACCAGAAACGGUAGAAAGUCUUUUCUACAUGUACAGAUAUACUAAAGACACAAAAUACCAAGAUUGGGGAUGGGAGAUACUGCAGAGCUUCAAUAAGUACACAAAGGUCCCCGAUGGCGGUUACACGUCCAUUAACAACGUCCGUGACCCCGUUAACCCCGGGCCCCGCGACAAGAUGGAGAGCUUCUUCCUGGGCGAGACGCUCAAGUACCUGUACCUGCUCUUCUCUGACGACUUGGAGCUGCUCAGUCUAGACAAGUACGUGUUCAACACAGAGGCCCAUCCACUCCCCAUAUGGCCCUCUCCACCAAAGUGAUGUGACCAUACAGGGAGACAUCUAUAAAGAUCAGGCCCGCAGAGUCCUGAACGAGUCGAUGACUGUAAUGGCCGCUGAGUCAGCCACGUCUCCAAGCAACCGUCCAGACCGGACUGCUGUGUUUAGCAGUGAAGCUGAUCUGUGCCGUCCACCUGUAUUUUGAUACGUUUUCCAUGUGGAGGAAUUUAUUUGGGAUUUUUUUUAUUUUUCCUAAGGAAAAGGUUUGUGAUAGAGCUGGUCUCUAAUGUUAAAAAAAAAAAAAAAAAAAAAAAAAAAAAACUUUUGUAAAAAUCAGUUUGGGCUUUCUGGGGCUAACAGGAAGCAAGAAAGAAGAUGGUGGAAGGGCUUUAUUACUUGAGCAGCUUGGAUAGUUCUGUUUGUGCGUAUGUAUGUGAUGGAAGCUCUCAUUCGUCCUACAUACUGUAGUAAGGUCGCUGUGACUGUGGUGAUCAACCAAUGCUGUUAAUACACUAAUGUUUGAAGGUUCAGUAACCAAUCGUGGAACUGUAUAAGAAAGCUGAUCAGAUGAAUUUCUAUUUAAACAGAUUGCUCUAGGCGAGGAAUCACUUACUACUCAUUAAAGUCUUUGCUUUGGCUACAUUCAGUGCACUUAAAGUAUGAAAGAUACUUUUAAAAAGUUGAAAUAUUUAAUCCCUCUAGAGAAAUCAUCUCCUGAAUUUGUCCAUUCAUAAGUAUUCAGGAGCAGCAGGCAGCUACAGCGCAGUGUCCAGGGACCACUUUCAUUUCUGAGGUUAGUUGAAGUUGUAAAGCAGAGGUAGAGUCUUCCUAAUACCUAACAUGCAUGUCUUUCAUUAUAUACAGACUUGUUCAAGUAUUAGGAAGCUUAAGUAGACAAACAUUGUUGGUGACUUACUUUUACUUCAUCACAAACCUCUUUUUUUCCCCAUUGCUUAUUUUCUGAUCAGUCCAGCCUCCAGAUGUUGGGCUAAGUAGAUUCUCAUCUUUUAGGCCACCACAUUAAAACACUUUGCCAUAAUUGUUAUUUUAACUGUGAAGCCUCAGAAUGCAUCGCAUUCUUUAAAUCAACUUUAAAUUGAUUAUUUUAGGGCACUACUGUCGCACAUGUAGCUGUGAUUCAUAAGACACUAACAGAUAAGUUAAAUAUGUUAAAGCUUACUGCACAUUCACACCUCUUUGUGUUUUUGAAGGGAAGUCUGCUUGAUUUUAGGUCAUGUCUGUAUGACCUAAAUAUAUAAAAGUAAAACAGAUCUACUGUAUAGAGCUAUAAUGAAUG